AUGAAAAUCAUUAAUCUUGAAGUUGACGAUUAUGAAAAUGAAGAUCGAAUCAGAAAUGAUAAGAAGAAAAGAAUCAAUAAUGGGAUAUUUAAGAACCGAGCGACACGAAUAAAGAAUGGUGCCAUAUCUGUAAAGUCUAUCGAAAAAAGG